AUGGACGACGAGAACAUGCCUCGAGCGUCGACUCGCUCGCGCAUCCCCCAGGCUGGCCUUCGAGAGAUGAAUUCUGCGACAACAAAUGCUCGGUCUGGCAUGUCUGGUAUCCUGCCGCCGGGUACCAUCGCCAACAAAGCUGUUUCCCGUACAGUUCAAUCGGCGCUUUCCAAGACCGUCGAUGCGCGACCCACUAACAUUGCAAUAUAG